ACUGGGGAGUUAAUUUUGGUUGCAGGAUAGUUGCUUUAUUUUCAAGUCAGUCAUUAUGGGCUACUGAUUUCUUGAAAUAAAAGUUCUUACUGACAAUAACACUUGUUAAUAGACAAAAAAGAAAAAAACACUUGCUUGUGACAUGUGAAAACCAGCUUCCCAGAUCAAAUGGUUCCUAUUAUCUGGAUUAGUUUUCCACAGAGACUGGAAAGCUCCUUGGAAAUAAAUGGAAACAGUAAAUCAAUUAUUACUGAAGGCUGGUUUUGAUUUUUCUAUCAUAAGCCUCUGACCUGUGGCUGCUAUCAGUAUAGGCUUUAUUAUGGACUCACUCUGGUAUUAUAAUUUUCUGUCCCACUCAAAGAGUUGGGGCACGAUUGGUCAUUGUGAAGGAUUCUGUGCUAUUAAAUCUCAUAGGUAGUAGGAUGGGCGCACACAGCUUGCUUUAACUAGUGGGAUAAAUUAUUGUCAUGAGCUGUAUCUGGUGAACAUACUCUGGAAACCCCCUGGAGGCUGCCUCCAAGUGAAAACAAAAGUGAAAAUAAAGGCAGCACAAUUCAAGGCUGCAGAAGCAAAGGGGAAAUAGUGAUAUACAGCCGUCUCCAUGUGUUUGCUUUAAAAAAAAAAAUCUAAAGCUGUUUUUGCAGAAAAGAUGUCGUGAUGAGACAGGAACAUGCCAUGGAUCAUGUCUGCUAACCUUCUGGGCCCACUGUGAGGUAUAGAUUUUUAGGAAAGCUGACAAUGAAGCAAGUAACAAGGAUGAGAAUUCAUUAAUGGAAAACUAAAUUACUGCCAGUGCAUGAUGCAUUCUAAGCAAACGAUAUUUUCAAGACCUGGAAGUUUUAGCCAGAAGAAGCUACAGUUUUUUCUUUUGUUCUAGAGAGGAUCUUUCGAUGUAUGCCUUUGCAAUGGCUAGUCUCUGUAGAAUAUGUUCAUUGGUAGUAGUGCUGCAGCUAUUACACAUUUAUUCUCUGGGAAUUUAUGGAUUUAAACAUCAAACAGGUAAAGACAAUGUAACUUCCCCUACCAAUGGCAAGCCAUUUCCUUGGAAUAAGAUGAGGCUUCCUGAUAUGAUAAUCCCAAUCCAAUAUGACCUCUGUGUUCACCCUAAUCUUACUACUGUGCAUUUUACUGGAGUGGAGAGGAUAGAGAUCUUUGUGAGAGAGAAUACUAGAUUUAUCAUCUUGCACAGCAAAGGCCUUGAAAUCACCAGUGCAGUUCUUCUGCCCAAAGAUGACUUCGGGUCCAGAAAACCAGGAAAACAGCUUCAAGUUUUAGAACAUCCUACAUAUGAGCAAAUUGCCCUGCAGGCUCCUGAAGUAUUAACAGCUGGCCAGCGGUACCUGGUUGUCAUAGAGUUUCAUGCAAGACUGGCGGAUGGCUUUGAUGGAUUUUACAAAAGUACUUACAAAACUCGUGAUGGGGAAACAAGGAUAAUAGCUACUACAGAUUUUGAGCCUACCUCAGCACGAAUGGCUUUUCCAUGCUUCGAUGAACCAUCUUUCAAAGCCAACUUUGCAAUCACGAUAAGGAGAGAAAGAAAACACAUUGCAUUAUCCAACAUGCCAAAGAUUAAAACAAUUGAACUCGAAGGAGGCCUGUUGGAAGAUCAUUUUGAAGUGACUGUAAAAAUGAGCACUUACCUUGUAGCCUACAUAGUUUGUGAUUUUAAGUCUGUGCAGGCCACAACAUCAUCAGGAAUCAAGGUAUCCAUCUACGCAUCACCUGACAAAUGGAGCCAGACACAUUAUGCCUUAGAAACAGCAGUGAAACUACUGAAAUUUUAUGAGAAGUACUUUGAUAUUAGCUUUCCUUUACCAAAACUGGAUCUUGUUGCUAUCCCUGAUUUCCAGUCAGGAGCCAUGGAAAACUGGGGUCUCAUCACAUAUAGAGAGACUUCACUGCUCUAUGAUCCCAAGACCUCCUCAGCAUUCGACAAACUGUGGGUCACAAAGGUGAUAGGCCAUGAGUUAGCACAUCAGUGGUUUGGCAAUCUGGUUACUAUGGAAUGGUGGAAUGACAUUUGGCUAAAUGAAGGUUUUGCCACAUUCAUGGAGUUGGUUUCUGUUAGUGCUACGUACUCAGAGCUGCAGAUUGAGGAUUACUUUCUGAAUGUAUGUUUUGGUGCAAUUGCAAGGGAUUCAUUAAAUUCAUCUCAUCCGAUCUCCAACCCAGCAGAAACUCCUACUCAAAUAAAGGAAAUGUUUGAUACUGUGUCCUAUGACAAGGGAGCUUGUAUUUUGAAGAUGCUCCAAGAUUUCCUAUCUGAGGUAGUGUUCCAGAAAGGAAUAAUUCACUACUUGAAGAAGUACAGCUAUAGGAAUGCAAAGAAUGAUGACUUGUGGAACAGCAUGGCCAAUACCUGCUCUGAAAGUGACUUCUCUUCUGGCAACUUUUGCUAUAUAGCUUCCAGGCCCCUUAGCAGCACAUUCAGUCAUAUGGGGAAACUUACAGAGAUUGAAGAGAUGAUGAACACUUGGACGCUUCAGAAAGGGAUCCCACUGGUUCUUGUUAAAUGCAAAGGGAACACCUUAAGAUUGCGACAGGAGCGCUUCCUUAAGGGUGUUUUUGAAGAAGAUCCUGAAUGGGCUAACCUGCAGUCAAGGUAUUUUUGGCAUAUCCCACUCACAUACAUCACCAGCAGCUCCAACACUGUUCACAGACACAUAUUCAAAACUAAAACAGACACACUAGAACUGGAGGGAGAGGUCGCCUGGGUGAAAUUCAAUGUGGACAUGAAUGGCUAUUACAUUGUGCACUAUGAAGGGAAUGGCUGGGACAACAUCAUUAAACUGUUGGAUCAGAACCACACCCUUUUCAGCCACAAGGACCGAGUGAACUUGAUCCACAAUGCAUUUCAACUGGUCAGUGCAGGAAGGUUAUCGCUGGACACAGCCCUUGAUCUGACGCGAUAUCUCCGACAUGAAUCCAGUAACAUAGUACUUCUGCAAGGCCUGGGCUACUUGGAAAUGUUCUACCACAUGAUGGAGAGAAGAAAUAUUUCUGAUGUCACAGAAAACCUUAAGCUGUACAUCCUGCAGCAUUUUAAGCCAGUGAUUGACAAGCAGACAUGGAGUGAUGAGGGCUCAGUCUCUGACAGAAUGCUUCGUUCUGAUCUCCUCAAGCUUGCGUGUGAGCUACAAUAUCCUCCCUGUAUCCAGAAGGCAAAUGAGCUUUUCAGCAAGUGGAUGGGAUCUGGUGGGACAUUAAACCUUCCAGCAGAUGUUCUGAAGACGGUCUACUCAGUUGGAGCACAGACAAUAGCAGGGUGGAAUUAUCUACUGAAGCUGUAUAGUCUCUCAAUGUCAGGUGCAGAAAAGAACAAAAUCCUCUAUGCUUUAACAACCAGCAGGCACUGUGAAAAACUGACAAAGUUAAUUGAGCUGGGCAUGGAAGGUGAGGUUAUCAAGACUCAGGAUCUAGCAGCUCUUCUUCAUGCUAUUGCCAGAAAUCCAGAGGGACAGGGGCUUGCUUGGAAUUUUGUCAGAAAAAACUGGAACAGACUUCUUAAAAAGUUUGAAUUAGCCUCUUUUUCUAUAAGAACUAUUAUUGUUGGCUCUACAUCUCACUUUUCCUCCAAAGACAAGCUAGAAGAGGUGAAACACUUCUUUAAGUCUCUGGAGGACCAAGGAUCACAGCUAAAAAUCACUGAAGUUGUGCUGGAAACCAUAACAAAAAAUAUUAGAUGGCUGAAAAGAAAUCUCAACAGUCUAAGGAACUGGCUGCUAAAUAAUCUUUGAACCACACUCCAAAGCAGAGAGAAUUUCAGUUUGAUUAACUUUCCCUUUUACUCCGCACUGUGGUGGUGCACGUUUGAAUGUAGGAGUCGAAAUGCAUAUUUGGGGAGUUUGCCGUCCAUCGCACAAUAUAGCUAUGUUGACAAUCUCAAAUAUGUCCAGAAAGCUUUUCACUGAUCCAGAACUGGCUAAGUAAAGAGGAUCUAUUGUGAAGCCUGUGAACUGUUUCAAUAAUUUGUCACAAUGUAAUACUGUAAAUACUUGUCUGAUGAUAGGUAUAUGGGUACAAAGGUAGAGUACAUAAUUUUUCCAUGCC